AUGAAGGCCCAGCUGUCCACCUCCGUGUCCCCGCCUGGAAGCCUCCUCUCCUGGGCUCGUCUCGCCGCAGACAGCCCGCUGUUCUGGUUCUCCAGGGACAUCAUUAGCCUCGGAAACAUACACGGACUGGACCUGACUCUGAGCCAGGACUGGACCGUGAGGGACAGGAGGCCCCUGGACUCUGUGGAGGUGAGGGACAGGAGGCCCCUGGACUCUGUGGAGGUGAGGGACAGGAGGCCCCUGGACUCUGUGGAGGUAAGGGACAGGAGGCCCCUGGACUCUGUGGAGGUGAGGGACAGGAGGCCCCUGGACUCUGUGGAGGAGGUGAGGGACAGGAGGCCCCUGGACUCUGUGGAGGAGGUGAGGGACAAGAGGCCCCUGGACUCUGUGGAGGAGGUGAGGGACAGGAGGCCCCUGGACUCUGUGGAGGAGGUGAGGGACAGGAGGCCCCUGGACUCUGUGGAGGUGAGGGACAGGAGGCCCCUGGACUCUGUGGAGGUGAGGGACAGGAGGCCCCUGGACUCUGUGGAGGUAAGGGACAGGAGGCCCCUGGACUCUGUGGAGGAGGUGAGGGACAGGAGGCCCCUGGACUCUGUGGAGGAGGUGAGGGACAAGAGGCCCCUGGACUCUGUGGAGGAGGUGAGGGACAGGAGGCCCCUGGACUCUGUGGAGGAGGUGAGGGACAGGAGGCCCCUGGACUCUGUGGAGGAGGUGAGGGACAGGAGGCCCCUGGACUCUGUGGAGGUAAGGGACAGGAGGCCCCUGGUCUCUGUGGAGGAGAUGAGGGACAGGAGGUGCUAG